GGGCAGUGCCACGAGCAUUCAGUUUUACCAGCGCAACCAAGCGCUGAUCGGGGACAACAUGGGCAUGUUGCGUCUUUAUGACACACGCACGCCUGGUUUUACAGGUCUCACUCUGAUGGCAGAAUCGAACGGUCCCAAGCUGCAUGCCAUCACCUUUAUCACUCAGCACCCCCAUCGCCCCGAAGCCAUUGUGGCGGGAACCACCACGGGACUUGUGUUGUCCUGGGACAUGCGCCACACACAGUUUCCAGUCUCCAUGGCCGAGGCACACGAGGGUGAAGUUUGGUGUGGAAGCUUUCAUCCCGUGUAUAGCAAUCACUUCCUCAGUGGUGGCGAGGACGGGGGACUUUUGCACUGGGCCAUGCCAAAUGCAGCGGACCGAUCCUUUGCCCUCGACACGGAUACCCACGGUGCCACCGUGCAUAGCUUAUUGGACUCGGACACAAUGGGAAUCAACUGUGUCGCAGCUGCCCACAACAUGGUUGCAGCAGGUACAGACAACCAAGCCCUCAUUCUUCUUGAGCGCAACGCGCUGGUACGAUAAACUUUUUACGGUAUGGCCACAAGACAAGCGCUGGUUGCACACCAAGCCCGCGUCUCUCUAGAGUACAUGCUGCAACGAAAGAAAUUGAUGUGCUCUGGC